CUUCAUACAACAUGUGUGACGAAGACGUAGCUGCCCUUGUAGUUGAUAAUGGCUCUGGAAUGUGCAAAGCCGGCUUCGCCGGAGACGAUGCCCCUCGUGCCGUGUUUCCAUCAAUUGUGGGUCGACCAAGACAUCAGGGAGUGAUGGUUGGAAUGGGCCAAAAAGAUAGCUACGUUGGUGAUGAGGCCCAAAGUAAACGUGGAAUACUAACCCUAAAAUACCCUAUUGAACAUGGCAUUGUUACAAACUGGGACGAUAUGGAAAAGAUCUGGCAUCAUACUUUCUACAAUGAACUACGAGUAGCCCCAGAAGAGCACCCUGUCCUACUGACUGAGGCACCCCUAAACCCCAAAGCCAACAGAGAAAAAAUGACCCAGAUCAUGUUCGAAACAUUUAACACCCCAGCCAUGUACGUAGCUAUCCAGGCUGUCUUAUCCCUGUACGCUUCCGGUCGAACCACUGGUAUCGUCCUGGACAGUGGUGAUGGAGUCUCCCAUACUGUCCCCAUCUAUGAAGGUUACGCCCUCCCCCAUGCCAUCCUUCGAUUGGACUUGGCCGGUCGUGACCUCACCGACUACCUCAUGAAAAUUCUGACUGAACGUGGGUACAGCUUCACCACAACUGCUGAGCGAGAAAUUGUUCGCGACAUCAAAGAGAAACUGUGCUAUGUUGCUCUGGAUUUUGAGCACGAGAUGACGACCGCUGCCUCCUCCUCCUCCUUGGAAAAAUCUUACGAGCUACCCGAUGGUCAGGUAAUUACUAUUGGUAACGAGAGAUUCCGCUGUCCUGAAGCCAUGUUCCAGCCAUCCUUCUUGGGUAUGGAAGCCUGUGGCAUCCACGAGACCACUUUCAACUCCAUAAUGAAAUGCGACGUGGAUAUCCGUAAGGACCUGUAUGCCAACACCGUGUUAUCGGGAGGAAGCACUAUGUUCCCAGGCAUUGCUGAUAGAAUGCAGAAAGAAAUAGGUGCUCUUGCCCCCAGCACGAUGAAAAUUAAAAUCAUUGCGCCCCCCGAAAGGAAGUACUCGGUUUGGAUCGGGGGCUCCAUCUUAGCUUCUCUGUCAACAUUCCAACAGAUGUGGAUCUCGAAACAAGAAUACGACGAAUCUGGUCCGAGCAUCGUCCACCGCAAGUGUUUCUAAGCCAUCAUUCCAAAUUAGUGUUAAUAGCGGUAAAUUCGAGAGUUGUUUUUAAGUUAUGAAAGAAAAGUGUGAAGAGCAAGUUGCCAGUUAAUAAGUUCCAAAUGGUAAGGUUGAAGACUUACCAUUCAUUUACCAUCAGUGAAAGUCAGUCGGAAUAAGUCUGGAAUUUUGAACAGAUAUAAACUGCACAGUAAUGCUUUGUAUGUUUGCUUUUGGUUUCACGAUUAAAAUUCGCAUUUUCAUUUUUUUUUCCUUGCUUGGCAGUGCAAUCACAAGUCAACACUGUCUAUUUCUACCAAACUUUAAACUACUGCCAAAUGACAAAUUUAUCUUAUUAAAAUCUCUUGAGAAACUCAGUUUUGUUGUACAUUUAAAACAGAAUAAAAUCUGAGAUGUUUGGUAAGA